AAGUUGAAUUUCGUUGUCCUCCUUUUUUUGGUCAUUUGAAAAAACAUUGAUUUUUACGAAAUUUCAAACCUUUGUGGAUUGGGACUCAUAAAUCUUCGCGAAAGAAUCUGAGAAUCCAACACCAGAUUCCGGCGCCGGACCCGCCGGUGAUCAAAUCAGGUCUUUCGAUCUCCCGCGGAAUUACAUUGUUUCGAUUCGGAUCUAAGAUUCCGGAUUUUCUGUGGGACAUUGAUCUUCUUCGUCUUGGUGGUGGGUGUGACAAGUGAACAAAAAUGUCAAAGGUCGUGUAUGAGGGAUGGAUGGUGAGGCAUGGAAGGAGGAAGAUCGGACGAUCGUACAUUCACAUGAGAUAUUUCGUUUUGGAACCUCGUCUCUUGGCUUAUUACAAGAAGAAGCCACAGGACAAUCAGAGUAUGGUUGUGAGGGUAGAGACUGGACUGUCAAGAGAUUAGAGAAACAAUAGGAACAAGUCGCAGCUUGAUAAGUUACUAUAAGAGCUUCUCAAAUGGAUGAUGAGCUUGCCUCCUAUAUGGUCUCUAACACAUGCUCUCUGUAUGAAUCACGUAGCUUCCUAUCAAGACGAUGGUGAUUGAUGGCAACUGUAGAGUUGAGGAUCGAGGCUUGAAGACACAUCAUGGACAUAUGGUUUACGUGCUGUCUAUUUAUAACAAGAAAGAAAAAAGCCAUAGAAUCACGAUGGCAGCGUUCAACAUCCAGGAAGCUUUAAUGUGGAAGGAGAAAAUUGAGUAUGUCAUUGAUCAGCAUCAAGAGUCCCUAGUUCCUAGUGGUCAGCAAUAUAUUUCUUUUGAAUAUAAGCCUGGGAUGGAUGUUGGAAGGACUGCUUCAUCUUCAGACCAUGAAAGCCCGUUCAGUGCGCUGGAGGAUGAAGAUGACGCUCGACGUGAUUUAUUGAGGAGGACAACUAUUGGAAAUGGCCCUCCAGAAUCAAUAUUUGACUGGACUAAGGAGUUUGACGCUGAGUUGUCAAACCAAAACUCCAGCAACCAAGCAUUUUCAAGAAAACACUGGCGUCUCCUUCAGUGCCAAAAUGGUCUACGAAUUUUUGAAGAGCUACUUGAAGUUGAUUAUCUUCCUAGAAGCUGCAGCAGGGCAAUGAAAGCUGUUGGUGUAGUGGAGGCCACAUGUGAGGAAAUAUUCGAGCUUGUGAUGAGCAUGGAUGGCACUCGUUAUGAGUGGGACUGCAGUUUUCAUAAUGGGAGAUUAGUGGAAGAGGUAGAUGGUCACACAGCAAUACUCUAUCACAGACUCCUGCUCGACUGGUUUCCAAUGGUUGUGUGGCCUCGUGAUCUCUGCUAUGUACGUUAUUGGCGUCGUAAUGACGAUGGAAGUUAUGUGGUAUUGUUUCGUUCUAGGGAGCAUGAGAAUUGUGGUCCACAACCUGGAUUUGUUCGGGCUCAUCUUGAGAGUGGAGGAUUUAACAUCGCCCCACUAAAACCUCGGAAUGGAAGGCCCAGAACACAAGUGCAACAUCUUAUACAAAUCGAUCUAAAAGGGUGGGGUGCAGGUUAUCUUCCAGCAUUUCAACAACAUUGUCUUCUUCAAAUGCUGAACAGUGUCUCUGGUUUGCGCGAGUGGUUCUCGCAGACAGAUGAUAGAGGUCAUCCGAUUAGGAUCCCUGUUAUGGUGAAUAUGGCAUCUUCUUCCUUAGCCUUGGGCAAAGGUGGAAAGCCUCAGCAUAAGUCUUCCCUUUCUAUUGAUCAAUCAAAUGGGGCCAGCAGAAACUCUGUGCUAAUGGAUGAAGACUCGGACGAUGACGAUGAGUUUCAGAUAGCUGAAUCAGAGCAAGAGCCUGAAACGAGUAAGCCGGAGAAUCUCGCCAAGAAAACAGAAGAGGAACCUGCUCUCAACAUUGAUCUGUCUUGCUUCUCGGGUAAUUUACGACACGAUGAUAACGAAAAUGCACGUAACUGUUGGAGGAUUUCUGAUGGGAACAACUUCAAAGUCCGUGGCAAGAGUUUCUGCGAGGAUAAAAGGAAGAUUCCUGCUGGGAAGCAUCUAAUGGAUCUUGUCGCCGUCGAUUGGUUCAAAGACACUAAAAGAAUGGAUCAUGUGGUUAGACGCAAGGGCUGUGCAGCACAAGUUGCUGCAGAGAAGGGUCUUUUCUCAUUGGUAGUAAAUGUUCAAGUUCCUGGAUCAACACACUACAGUAUGGUAUUUUAUUUCGUGGCAAAAGAACUCGUACCUGGAUCCCUCUUCCAACGAUUUGUCGAUGGUGAUGACGAAUUUCGGAAUAGUAGGCUCAAGCUUAUACCCUUAGUCCCCAAGGGUUCAUGGAUAGUAAGGCAAAGUGUGGGAAGCACCCCGUGUCUCCUCGGGAAAGCAGUGGAUUGCAACUACAUCCGUGGUCCAACAUACUUGGAAAUAGAUGUAGAUAUCGGUUCAUCCACCGUGGCAAAUGGAGUUCUCGGUCUUGUCAUUGGCGUAAUCACAUCUUUGGUUGUCGAAAUGGCUUUCCUUGUACAGGCGAAUACACCGGAAGAAUUGCCGGAACGGCUUAUCGGGGCAGUGAGGGUUUCUCAUAUAGAGCUAUCUUCGGCUAUAGUUCCUAAUUUGGAUUCAGAUUAGUUUCUUAAGGUCUCUCUUCCAAACCCCUAACUCAAAAGCUUUACAUCAACUUCAUGUUUGGUCUUGUCUCCUUACAUACACUGUCUAUUCUUUUCUUUCCUGUUUUCUCUCCUAAUCGUUUUAAUGUUACAUUAUAUAAUGAGAAAGAGGAAGGAAAGUAUUGUUUUACUUUAUACAAAAUUAAGCAACAUGAAUACAUGAUAU